AUGACUCCAAAACAAUGGAUCCCACCAGAAGUGGUAGAAGUGGAUGAGAUGCAGGAGGAAGGAGGGCUAGAGGAGAUGAUUGAAGUCACAGAUGAGGAGGGGGAUGGGGAGGAGGUGGAAGAGGAGGAAGAUGAAGGAGUAGACAAUGAUGAGGAUGAAGGAGUAGAUAAUGAGGACGAGAGGGAAGAUGUUGAUAAGAAUGAAGAAGACAAAUACAUUACCAAUAAGUAUGUGGAGGAUGAAGAAGAUCAAGAGGAGGACGAAGAUGAAGGAGAGGAGGAUGAGAAGGAUGAAGAACAAAAGGAGGAGAGGGAAAAACAAGGACACAAGGAGAAGGAGGACAAAAACAGAAACCAAAAUGAUGAGGAGGAUGAAGAUAAAGAUGAAGAGGAGGAAGAAGAAGACAAAAAAUCAGACCAGGAUGAGACAGAACUUGUAGUAGACAGGGAGGAUGGGGAAGAAGAAGUAGGGGAGGAGGAGGAGGAAGAGGAGUGGGAAGACGCGGUAGAAAAACAGAAAUACCAAAUUGAUGAUGAUGAUGCUGAUGAUGAUGCUGAUGAUGAUGAUGAAGAGGAGGAUGCAGCAGAAACAGAAAAAGACAAGAUGGGCAAACUAUUUAAGGAGGAUGACAAAGAAAUUGAGGAGUUGGAGAAUAAGGAAGUGUAUAAGGAAGUGGAAAAAAUAGCAAACAGAAAGGAAAAGGAGGAUGAAGAAACAGACAAAAAUGAAAAUGGAGAAGAUGAGGAGGGUGGGGAGGAAGACAAAAGUGUAGACAAGGAAAAAGAUGAUGAAGAGGAGGAUGAGAUAGAGAAUGAGGUGAAGGAGGAGGAGGAAAAAGAUGUAGACGAGGAGGGGGACGAGGAGGAGCAGGAGGAG